AUGGCGCUGCAACGGGAGAGGCGGCUCUACAGCCUUCUGGGCCUGCUCCUCCUCCUGGCCGUUCUCUACCUCAACUGGUUCCCCGGCCGCGACCCCGCCGCCAAGCUGAAGCUGCCGGUGCCGUGGCUGCAGCCGCGGAUGUCCUUCGCCGGCCGCGACGGCACCCACUUCGUGGACGCCGCCACGGGCGCGCCGCUCUACUUCAACGGCUGGAACUCCUACUGGCUGCUCUCCUCCCGCAACCCCGCGCUCGUGUCGGAGAUGCUGCGUCGGGGGCGACGCAUGGGCCUCGCCGUCUGCCGCACCUGGGCCUUCGCCGACGGUGGCCCCGGCGCGCUCCAGAUCUCCCCCGGGCGCUUCAGCGAGGCCGUCUUCCAGGAAUUGGAUUAUGUGAUAUAUGAAGCCCGGAGAAACCAUAUCAGGCUGAUUCUUUGCCUUGUCAACAACCUGAAUAACUUUGGAGGGAAGGCCCAGUAUGUUAAGUGGGCACAAGCAGCUGGAGCUAACAUGACAAAUUCAACUGAUUCCUUUUUCUAUCACCCUAUCAUUAAGGGGUACUACAGGGAUUACGUGAAGGCAAUAUUAACCAGAAGGAACUCUUACAGUGGAAUCAGAUACUGUGAUGAACCUGCUAUAUUUGCGUGGGAGCUCAUGAAUGAGCCUAGGUGUGUCUCCAACUCAUCAGCUCCUCAUGUCCAGGCUUGGAUAAAAGAGAUGGCAGCAUACGUCAAGAGUCUGGACACUAAUCAUCUCGUUGCAGUUGGAAUUGAAGGGUUUUAUGGCACUGGAAUGGUUGAGAGGCUGGGUUUUAAUCCUGGGGACUGGGCAUCUUCACUCUGCUCAGACUUCAUACAGAACUCCGCAGUCAAGCAUAUUGAUUUUGCAUCGGUUCAUGCUUACCCUGACAGCUGGCUACCAAAGGCAAGCAUGGAAGAUAAAAUCAGAUAUCUUUCCAGCUGGGUCGACUCUCACCUUAAUGAUAGCGAACACAUCUUGAAAAAACCUGUCCUGUUCUCGGAAGUCGGCUACAUGCAGCAGCAUGUGGAUUCUAAUAGCACAGCUGAUAGAGAUGUUCUUCUAAAAGUUGUGUACGACAAAAUCUACAAUUCAGCAAGGAAGCUGCAGGCGGGCGGUGGUGCUCUCAUUUGGCAGCUGAUGGUCGAAGGGACGCAUAUGUACCGCGACAAUUUCUCCCUGGUGGCUCGGGACCAUCCCUCGACUUAUAAGUUGAUAAUGGAGCAUUCUUGCCGAUUGCAGAUGUUGUACAAGAAAGAGGGAGACCCUGGCUGGCAAUGUUCUGUGCCGCCCUAGGGAUUGUGUUGCCCCGUCCUAGGGAUUGUGCUGUCGUGCAUACCGAGAAACCUGCUCCAUCAACCCAAACUUGCUGAAAGUAUUAUCUUGGAGAUGAUUGAUUAGAAAGGAAUAGCCGAC